AUCAUCGUACGAGCUGAUCUCGAUAACUACCCACAUCUAUCAACCAUGAAGUGUUACAUUGCUAUCGCCCUUUUGGCUCUCUUCGCUGUAGCUUUCGCUGCAGAACAACCCGCUGAAUCCGAAAAGAUCGAGCCAGUGGUGAGCGCAGAACCCCAGGAUGCACCAAGGGACAAGAGAGGUCUGCUGCUGGGAUACACUGCUCCAGUUGCAUACACUUCGUAUGCAGCACCGGUCGCUUACAGUGCCAGUUACAGUGUGCCUUAUGCCUACCGCACCUACCCCACCUACCCCUACUACAGCUCUUACUACCUGGGUUAAUUUCAAUCAACCGAAAUAUACGAUUGACGUACUUUUGUGAUCAAGACUUGGACAACGACCAUGGCAUUCGCAUGGACACUCAACGAAGUCGUUUAUACUAUUCUAGUUUAAGUUAAUUCUGAACACACCCACCUUUGUUGAUCGAAAUUUUCUACGAUUUUCUAACAUUUGUCGUCUUUGGAUACGCGUACAUUUCGAUACAGAGCAAUAUUGUAAAUAAGAAUGCUAAAUAUAAAAGUUAAUUAUGUUUAAAUUAUCUUGUACUUUUUACCCAUUCCUAAUAUCCGUUCCUUGCGAAACAAAGU